AUGAACAAACUAGACGAUCUUAUUGAAAAAAUUAAGGAAGUUAAAGAACAUUUAGCAACUUUAGCUACAAAUAAUGAAAAAUUUGAACGGUUCAUGCAAGAUAAAAUUCAACAUGAUGAACUUACUAAACAACAAAUUGAUUCACUUUUAAAUAAUGAUAACGCUUUCAAAAAAGAUUUAGUUCAUCACAGUUUACUAAUCGAAAGACAUGAAAAUAUGUUUAUCAAAUUAUUAAUACCGAUGUUCGAAGAUCUAUUUACACUGAUAGCUGGUCAAAAUCAAGACAAAAGAGGCGAAAAUCGUAACGAGGGUGUUCUUGUUCUCGUUAAACACGGAAGUCACGUCAACAGAGUCGACUGUAAGCUGCCAAAUAUCUGCGCCAUUGAUAUUAAGGCAGAAGAUGAACUACGUAUUCUAGGUAUAUAUGCGUUCGAUAGUAGAUCUUGGUCAUGGGAUAAUAUUUCCCCACUUAUCUCAAACAGAUGUGUUGUAUAUGGAGAUUUUCAUGUGGAUCUAGAGCAUGAUACUAAUAAAGCAGAAAUUCUAUUAAACUGGGCUGACGAAAAUUCUUUAGCCCCAUAUACACCCAAUCUACCAACUUCUCUUCGUUCGAAUAGAAUUAUUGAUUAUGCAUUUGCUAGGGGUAUAAAUUUAGACAUUCAAACACAUGCAAGUAACACAACGAGUGACCACUUUCCUAUUCUCUCAGUUAUUUCUACGAAUAUAAAAAAAAAUGUAUUAGGAACAAUUGUACACUGGAAAGUAUUUGCGCUGUUCUCUGAAUAUGCAUACGCGUUCUGGGAAAAAAGAUGGAAUGUAAGGAAUAUGGACGUAACCUAUGAUGAGUAUAUUAAAUUUUUAUCACUGCUCACAGCUCGUUGUACAAUCACUUUUCCGUUAGAUAGGUAUCGCGUAGCGAUACCAACAGAGCUUAGAUCUUUCAUGUCGUAUGUAAGAGCGUUAUCUUUUCGAGCAUUAAGAACAAAAAGUUCAGAAUUAAAAGUGGAAAUGCGUUGCUUAAGGAAAAUAGCUAAAUUAGAACUGAAAUCCUUUCUCUCACGACAACUUUCAUUAGCGCUUCGCCUCCGUAACACAUCCUCACCAAUCUCGGUAUCCUUCUGGUCGAGAACCAAACGUUUUCUUAAGCCUUCUUCCUCUACGAUUCAUGUAUUUGUCGACUCAGCAGAACAAAUUAUAAGGGAGCCGGAUAAAAUGUGUGAACUAGCUGCAGAUUUCUACGAAGAUUUCUUUAAAAAACAGGAAGUAGUAAGACCACAUCCUUAUACAGACUCACCAUUGAUUGAAUUCGAUAACAAAGAUGAAAAUAUUCCGGAAGUAACCUUAAACGAAUUAGUUGAAACCAUUCAUGCUAAACGAAAACAAAAAUCUCUUGAUGCCCAUGGUAUCUCAAACUUCAUGUUCAACUUUCUAGCACCAUCGGAUUGGUUUCUUCUCCUACAACUCUACAACCAGUCUUUUCAAAAAGCUACACUACCAGUUGCCUGGAAGGACACGCGCAUGAUUCUUUUAGCUAAAAAGAAAUCUAUUUGCUCUCCUGCUGAAACUCGUCCUAUCUCACUUUUGGAUAUAUUCCAAAAAGUAGACGCUUUUAUUCGAUUGAUGGAAAACAAAAUUGAAACGAAUACAAAUAGAAAACAGAAAUAUUGUAAAUGGAUCGUACAUACACCAUUCGAAUUUGAUUAUUAG